GUGUGUGUGUGUGUGUGUGGAGACUGGAACUCUUCCUGGUUCAGCACUGUUGUUGUCUCCGGCUUCACUCUGACUCUUCGUGGCUUCUUUUCUCCAGUUUCAGCGUCACAUCAAACUGCUGACUCAUCACGCUGAUUAACUACCAGCUGGACGUGUAAACCACCAGUUACGUUCUGUUGACUAGCAGCGCCUCGGUGGUUAGUUAGCUGGCUGCUAGCUGCAGGAGCCCUGUUGAUAACAGGUAUGUGGGCAGCCUGCUGUAACUGGUUGUGUAUGGACUCAUCUGAUGUUGAACAGUCUGGUGGGGGCGAGCAUCGUCAUCAGUCCUACACUAACUCAGCCUUCACCAGUCAGCCAUCUUCUCCUCCUGAACACACCUGUAAGGCCUGUGGGGGGCACUUUGACACACCUGCCAAGAAGCAUGUGUGUGUGGACUGUAAGAAGAACUACUGCAGCCGUUGCUCUGCCCAGCUCACGCCCCGCCCCCGCCUCUGUCACACCUGUCAGCGUUUCUACGGCAACCUGCUGGAGCGGGCGGAGCUUAUGAAGCUCAAAGUGAAAGAGCUCAGAGACUACCUGCACCUGCACGAGGUCUCCACCCACCUGUGCAGAGAGAAGGAGGAGCUGGUGGAGCUGGUCCUGGGUCAGCAGUCUUCACCAUCCAGUGGCUCAGCCCCUGAGACUCUGACCCCUGACCCCCCCUCUGAGUCUUCUGACCUCCCUGACCUGACUCCUCACAUCUCCACCUUAACACCUGACCCCCCAACACCGACACCAGUCCUGACCCCUGACCCUCCCGCUGCACAGCUUGAAGACCCGGACCCCCCCUCAGAGACCUCCCCCACCGAGCCUGACGUUCAGGAUGAACACCAGACCUGGGACCCCGAGGAGCCCCCAGUUUCAGGUCGUAGGGCCUCUCUGUCUGACCUGAACUGUCCGGACGACAUUGAGGAGCUUAGCGUCCGACAACUGAAGGAAAUCCUUUCCAGGAACUUUGUCGAUUACAAAGGCUGCUGUGAGAAGAGGGAGCUGAUGGAAAGAGUGAGCCGGCUGUACCAGGACCAGCAGAACUUACUGGCUACCAACACUGUGAACGCAUCAGAGUCCAGUGGCGGUGCUACAGGUGUGGAGGAGAACCUCUGUAAGAUCUGUAUGGACUCUCCCAUCAACUGCGUCCUGCUGGAGUGUGGUCACAUGAUCACCUGCACCAAGUGCGGCAAAAGGAUGAGCGAGUGUCCCAUCUGCCGCCAGUAUGUCGUCCGAGCCGUCCACGUCUUCAGGUCCUGAAUAGUCCGACCCCGACCUGAACCCAGGACCAACUGUGCAAUAAAAGCAAAGCAAUAAUGUGCAAAUCCUCCUGCAGGGACCCCCUACACUGGCUUUUAUUUUGGUAACUCUAUUUUUCUAGUGUAAAUAAGAAUGUAAGAAGUGACCUUAUCUGACCUUCAGACUGCAGAGCUGCUGUUGGGACACUGAAUGUUUGUACAGACUGACUCUACACCUUCACAGCAGGUGGAUCGCAUGUCUGAUUUAUGAGCCAAGAAUCCUCUGUGCCUUCACCUGCUGGAGGGGGUGGAGCUCCACCAAAGAGAAAUGUGGCCUUACCUAGACGGGUGAGGAGGGUCCGUUCAGAGCUGCACAGUAUCAGAAAGUCAUCACAUGGCCUUUAACUUACUGAACAUUACAAAGAGCACACACAGACUGUGCUCUUAUUAUAACCUGUAAUGUGUUUACAGUCUGCAGUGAGUUUACACUGUAAAAAGAACAAAGUGAAGUGAAGUAAAACAGCAGAUAAAAAAAUCAGUAAAGGACAGUGGACAUUCUAAAAUCAUAAAAUCUGUGCCUCAUAUCCGUGAGAAUACUCAGAGAGCAGAUGGAGAGAAGUCUAAAGCAUAACCAUCGUUGGACUCAGCAGCUGCUUUAACCGUGUCGAAGGCAUGAUCAGGUGUAUCCUCACGACAGGUGAUAACAGCACUGUGAGGUCCUGUUUGGCAUCAGGCUCGACGUGUUCACUGAAGAACAUCAACUUAUUCUUUAAACUGCCUUCAGAUCAGAUCAGAUCAGAUUAUCAGUAGGAUAAAAAAACCCGCCCCCAGCCUCAGGUGAUUGGUCAGUCACACCUUUACCUUCUGACAUGCAGGUGAGCAUCCUGCAUCAGGAAGUGAACGUGUUCUCGGUUUUGCAUUUAGGUCUGGUGCUGCUGUUUUCCCUUCAGAUCCUUGAUGUCACAGACUGAAAAACUCUUCGGAAGCUGAUGUGAAAAAGACAAAGAUUUAAAAUUCAGAACCAGAUCACUGUGUUUUCAGCUGAGACCACAACUCAGACAUACACAACAUGUGUAGACUCCAGCCCUAACCCUGUACAUUUUCACUCACUUCACCAAACCUCAGCUGUUCAGUUUUAAAUUCAGUUUUUAUUGUUGCUGCCGUUCUCACAGGCUCUGUUCUCCGUCAUGUUCUCCUGGGACCUGGUUGCAACUAGUUUUUGGCUUAUGACCACUGCAAACAAAGCAGCCUCUGAACACUUUGCAUAUGGUCAUGGUCUGUGACCAGUUCAGUGAUUUCUUUCUGCUCAGUCUGUUUUCGUUUGAAUAAAAACAAUCUGUCCUCAACAUAUGAAGUUAUUCAGUAACUCCCACAGCCCCCAGUUAUAGUACAGAGCUGACCAUGGACCCAGGAUAGUGGAUUCCACUGAGGCCUUAUCCUUUAUAUUUUUUUUGUUUGUGAUUUAAAACAUGCUAUUUUUUUAGGCUGAUUCCAGUGUUUUUUGUCACAUUUGUGACUAUUUCUAGGGCAAUGAAAGCACAUAAUUACAUAAAGAUUUCAUAUAAAAUAAAGCAGCGAUUCUAUUUUUAUAGAUCAGUAAUUUCCCUAUGACUCUCUUUAAAGUUUCCUGGAAAUAACUUUAUAAAUUUAUAAAACACAACAGGGACAAAAUUCUGAGACAGUUAUUCAGAGUUUAUGUGACGGUGGAGAAUUUAAAAGCACUUAGAAAAUGACAGAAAAUGUAAUGGAACAGUUUAAUUCCUGAAACUUAAGUGGACCUAUCACUGUACUGGACCUCUAUCUUAUUGUCUGAUUCUGGAAAAGUAACCAAACUGUAAUUAAUCUGUCCAUGCUGAACAUUUAAAAUUUUGUUGAUUUCUUUUGGUUGAAGAACUUGUUUAGAGACGAUGUGGUAGAGACACAGUGUCCUUUUGUGUUUUUCUUUUUGUUCGAGUGAGAUCAUUAGGUUUGAUUUUUGCUGUGGAUAUUUUGGAUUUUCUUAUUUGUGAAAGUACUUAAUGAAUUUCUGACUUCGGGAUCACACAUUUCUUCUGUAAUUUUUGCCUUUUACACCAGGAUCAUCAUAGCUCAGCCUCAGUACAUUCAUUCAUUCAUUCAUUACAAUGCACUUUGAUAUCUCUGCUACAAUAUUAGUGAAUAACAUCAUAGACAGAGCACUGUGAGAGUUCUAGGUAGCUGUUGGCAUCGUUAGCUGUCCCCUCUAUGACCAACACAACUGGUAGCUAACAUGCGAGCAUCCAGCUUUGCUCCUUUAGGCUUGUUAAACUGCAGACCUUGUCACACAUUUGAGGUGUGAGCUGUGAUUUCCACCACCAAACUUCGGUUAGAGGAUCAAAGAGGUGAAACGAUUCAAUAUUUAACAAAAAGAGAUUGAAGUCCAUCAGAAAAGAAUUUGAGUUUGAGCAGGUUUUAGGUUUUUUUCUUUCAUUCUCUCAGAUUUAACUUUAAUGAGAAACGCUAGUAGUGGUCGGCUGAAUGCUGCUUUAACUCCUCUGUUUAAUCACAGUUCAGACACUUUGUGAUGUUCUUUCAACAUCACUGGGAUCAGUUAGAAAUGAAAUGUUUUAAUAAAGAAGUUUAGAUAUCUGAGUGAACUUUGCUGAAUAAUUUUGUAAUAAAACUGAUCUUCUCUCAA